AUGGAGAAGCUACUGGUUUUCAAGGAGCCAUCAACAAGCACCAGGUGCAAUUGGACGAGCCUGAAGCUCAAAAAACGACUGGUUAUAGACGGCUCAGAAGUUGUCAUUGUACAAGAGGAAUGGACUCUGGAAGCUGUGCGCAAUAGCCAAGAAUGGAAACUGCGAUUCGGGGCGGGACUCGCAUUCCCGGCCAAGGCCAUGUUCGCCGCCUCUGCCAUUGUUGCUUAUGUACAGCGAGCUUGGCUCACGGCUAGAAACAAGGCUGUUACGGUUGCUGGCCUAGAUGCAAAGUUUUCAGCAGCUCAGAGUCCGCUGAGCUUCUUUAGCGUGGACUUUUUGCGUAAAUCUAAAGCUGGAGCUAUCAUGGCCCUUCUCGUAUGGUGCAUUCCACUUGCAGCCGUCAUCACUCCUGGUACGCUCGUGGUGCCGGCUAUGUCGCACAGUAGCCUUCCAAAAUUCGAUUCUCUGCCUCUCUGUGAGGGUAUCGUGGGUUCAUAUGAUAAUGGUAAAUAUAGAGUUCCUCUGCAAAAUGUAUCAUCCCUGAAUACUGGAGAAUAUGACCAUGGCAGGCUCUGGGUCUCGGCUCGAAACAUAAUGUAUGAUUGUGUUUUAACCGACACCGAAUACAACACGCGCUUCUUCUACUCUACGUCCGAGCAAGCGCAGCGUAUUGAUCCCGAAUACAGCUUCAAGUGGACUGAAGAAGAUGUAUAUGGCAGUUAUUUCACCCUUGCCGAUGCACUUGCAAAUCUGCUCGGAGGAGCUGUGCGCGUCAUUGGAAAGGGUAUCAUGGCAUUCAAAACACACGUUACAGACACAGCCAUCUUUGGCGCUCUCAAUGCUGAGUUAACGAACAAUACUAGUUCUGGCCUUUUGCCCAAAUCACUAGCACAGGAUUCAAGAGCUUUGGCCCGGAACAAGACUGUGGGCGAGCUCAUAGAGGAGCUUUCGCGAAACAUCACGUUGAGUGUGUUCAGUCUCGAUCAGAUGCUAAUGUAUAACGACACAAUGGUUAGAAUUUCCUCCGAUGUGAAUGUCUACUCAUAUAACCGAAGAGUUCUCAUCAUCACAUAUGCCGUCGUCUUUCUGGUCACGUUGAUCGCGUUGCUCAUCGGAGGCGCUGCUUAUUUCAAAAACGGCGUCAGCCACCAAUUGUCCUUUUCAACAUUCAUGUCAACAACGAGAAACUAUCGCUUAGACGAGUUAACAGCAGGAAGCUCCAUGGGUGCCAUGCCGCUAAGGGAUUCUAUCAAGUCGACAAAACUUCAAUUUGGGUUCCUGCGAAAUGCUGAUGAAGAGGCCGACCGAGAGGAAGCAAUGCGAAGAGUGGGAUUUGGGCUCUCCGAUCAGAUUGUGCCGCUGCAAAAAGGCGUUCCUUAUUAUUAG